AUGGAUAAUCUGAAGGCGUUUUUUACGAAUCUAUCAAAAACCGGUCGGAAACCACUAGCCGAACAGAAAUCAGCUUCAAAUGUUGAUCUUCCAUCCGCAGUUCUGCCAGAGAAAUCGAUUUUGAGAUCGACCAAACCGGAAGAACGUCCACACGAGGUCCGAUUCCAGACCACAGAAGCAGUUCCAGAUAAAAGAGAACUGGUCGAGCCAAAUACCGACCAGGGGUCCGCGAAGCUCACACCACAACUGACACGUCUGAUAGACCAAAUACGAAAUCGAACGGUUCGUACUGGGAACGAAACGGAAGACCAAGAUGACAUCAAGCAGCGAUUAUCCCGAUCGAUGAACAAUUUGGACAAUCUAAGUCAACAGUUAAUUCCGAAGAACGGUGAUAUUACAGAGCAGCAGAUUCCAAUCAAUAAUCCACUGAGCCGGACUCAUUCAGAGGGACAGAACGUGAAAGCAGAGACCCCGCCGAUUUCCGAACAAAUAGCACGAGUUGUGACGGAAGAACCGGUUGAAACGACAAGCGUUCAAAAGAUGGAACAGUCUCAGACGGAUCGAGACAAAACAGAAGCAACAGCAGUGUUUUCAAAUCAACAAACUCAUUUUUCCAACCGUACUGAAGUCCCCCAAUUGGAAUUGGUAAAACCGAAAAUCAGUCCGCGGAGCGGAGGAUCGCAAGAAGAGUUUGAACAAAUUUAUGAAACGAAUCGAAACAGACUAGAGGUGAGUCUCUUCGUAUCUCUUUAUGGCUGUUGGUAA